CCGAGCGCGAAAACACAUCUUUACGCGCAUCGCGACACGUAAAAACACCUUAUCCUAUAACUAAUUCGAAAAAAUACUAUCCGUGCUCAAAAUCUGGUGUUUAUUGCCGGUCGCAAACGCUUUUUAGCGAUCAAAGUGCAAUUGUUUGCUGGGAACUUUAACUUCCAGCAUCACAUGCCCCAGCCGGGGAGGGCGUGAAGUCAGCCGCACCGCACCGAGCCGCACCGAGCCGCAAGGCUGCCACCAGAUGAUCGGCUCAUUCUGGAACCUGUGCCGCGCGUGCCCUUCCAUGCCUGUGGAUAAGCUGCACUCGGAGUACCGCAGCACAUACCGAUGGCACGAGCACAAGGACCAGCAGCAGGGGGUGAUGAAGCAGCCCGCCCCCACUCCGCCCUCCGCCCUGCCCAUUGCACGGGGAGCGAUAGAACCAGCUAUGCCGCGCCGGAAGAAGUACCCUGGCGUGGCGUACAAGACCAACGACCUGUUUGACCCCGCGCCAGUGGACGACAUACGCGCCCAGCAUGGGGUAGCCUUCGACCGCGCCCGGAGCGCUCAGAGGAAUGAUUCAGAGCGCGCCGGGCGACGCAGCAAGUCCGAAGGCCCUCGUCAGCCGCGAUGGACAGACACCGUGGAGCCAAAGGCGACUACAGCGCUAGGCGAAGUGCUGGCUGCGAAGGAACCCGAGGUGAUGGUCAGCACGGAGUACCGGAACCAGUUCGCGUGGCCCAAGGAAGACUCCGUUCCGAGGAAGAGCAUAUCGAUGGGUGCGCUGAAGAAAGCAGCCGUGGCUGAAGGGUCAGUGGAGGCUGAACCCCUCAUGAACCACGUGGACGGUGACCACGAAGAUGGACCCAAGCGGUACAUCGAGGACUAUUUGUGGAAUGGACAGAAGCCCGGCGUGCAAAGAAAAUCGACGUUCCGUAGCGCACUAUCGGCCCUCAUAUACAACGGGGAGGAUCGUUCCAAAGAUAAUAGGAAACGUUACAAAAGCGAGUACAAAAAGAAAUUUAGACCGUUCUCUCAGUACGUGUACGAGGCGUCUAAAGGGACGUUUACCAAAUGCAGGGGGAAAGGGAAAGCGAUUGAGGAGGCGAGCGAGCGAUUGGUGGGGGAUGCGGAGGGCGCGGGGGGCGCGGCGGGGCUGGGGACGGGGGGUGCUGGGGACGGGGUAGACGGGGUGGGGGCGAGCGCGGGCGCAGGGGAAGACUCGGCCAGCACGCUGCGGGCGGCCGGCCUGCAGCCGCUCGGGCUCGCGCAGGGCGACUCCUGGUACCGCGAGGUCCUGGAUCUGCGCAAGCGCGCCGGCGAGUACAAGUACCGUGGCUGGGGGACCGAACUAGCUCCUGAACACAUCACCCAGCUUUACAAUAAACAGAUCGAACUGUGGUACCAAGUGUCCCGCCGAUCCUCGCUGUCAGCCCUUUCACUCGCUUCCACCAAUCACAAGGCCUUGCCUCGAGAUGAAAAGGACGGGAAGGAGUCAAGGAAUCUGUCCCCAAAGAAGUUCAGAUCGUUCCGCUCCGCACCGCACCAGUCCAUCCAUGCUAAGCUUCAGGAGACUAAGGCCUUAGAACGGUCUCCCCAUAAGACGUCGCCUCUAAAGCAAAGGAAGAAGUUGCAAGGCUACAGUUUCGAUGAAGGUGUUACCCAAGAAGGGCCCAGAAUCGAUACAGUUUUCCGCUCUCCACGCCGUCGUCCGCGCUCCGCAGACCCCGCCCCCGUGCCAAGCGUGAGGCACAUGCCUAAUGGCCACGAGGCGCGCCCCGCUAAGCCUACCGGUUUGGCGUUAAGUAGAGGGAGUAGUAGUAGAGUUAGGCCGUCAUCCAGAGGGGGCAGGUCUCCCCUAGCGCCGAGCAAACCAGGGGCAGUAAACGGGGCAAUUCUCGUAAAUGGGCAUGUUGGGGCCACCGGGGCAAUUGGGGCAGGUUCAACGACAGAACAAGGCCGCCGCAGCCGGAGUGUAACAAAAGUGGGCAUAAAAUUGGAUGAAGAGAUACCCUCUCACCGUAGCGCUUCUGUCGCCAAAGAUCACUUUUUCGACGACUCGCCUAUCGUAAAAUCGCCCCCGGAACCCACCCGGGUCAAAUCUCCGGAGCAACUGAACAUGCGUUCCCCGGACCCAGUCAACUGGACGGUUCCCCUGGACACUGGGAAGACGUUCACAGUCACCCAGAACGUGAAAAGCGAUGAGAGCAUUAAGCGCCCAAGCUCUGACUUUAAGAGCGCGUCGGUGGCCGAAGAUGGUCCCGUGAAGCCGGCAGAAAUUGCUCCAAUUCACCACCAACAAAUGUCACCAAUACGCUCUCUUAAAAAGAGCGACUCUCCAACAAGCCUUAGCAAGCGCACCGAUAAAACCCCCACGACCCCUAUCAGCCUUACCCCUAUAGACGAAACCAAGGCCCUGGACAUGAACAAUAUUAACGGAAUCAACGGGAUCAACAGCAAUCAGUUAACCCCCGAAACCCCUAUUGAUAUAAAAGAGAUGAAGGAUAUCCAAGACCUGAAGGAGCUAGAGAUGGAAAUUGUGAAAAAGUCGACGGAAGCGACCCAAGUGGCACCUGGGGUGGUGGACACGACUGUGGUCAACGAAACCCCCACUGGGGGCCUGACCGCAGCCGAAGUCCUAGACAGGGCUCGCACGAGAUUCGACAAGUUUUGGGGCAAAAAGGAAGACGACGUUUAGUCCAUUUCGAAAAAUAAACUAUAAAUUGUGACAGUUUAUUAAAUUACCAAUCAGUUCCUAAAGCUUUAGAAUGUGUAACAUGGGAAGCGUUAUGACCUCGAAGGUUCAGAACCAAGACCCCAACUGACGACAUUUAAAACUACGAAUUUCGUUUUGUGGCGUUAAAUUUGACUUAACAUCAUAGUGAUCUGUCUUUGUUACAUUAAGAAUGUUUAUAAGCUUUAAUAAUUCUGUAAUGACGUCAUAAUUAUGGCGUCAAAUUAAUCCACUUGAUACGAUUAAGACAAAUUUGACGUCACAAAUUGCAGUUACGAGCGGCAAUUAUGGUAUGAGGUACAAUUUCAGUGUCAAAGAGUAUUUGACCUGUAGGCUAAAACUCCUUAUGACACUCAAAUCGUAAUAUAACCUUAUGACACACAAAUUGCAGCUACAAGUGUGAUAAGAAACCAACGACACGGAAAAUCAGGUUUUCGCACUACCACUUUUUCGAUUACAAUGUUACCCAUGUGCAGUUAGAAUUGAAAUGUCUGUCUGUGGCAUCGUAGCGCCCGAAGGUAUAAUUUUUUUUUGUUUCAUUGGUCAAAUAUUCAAGAUUGUUUGAUGAAUAUUAAAAAUAGGUAAUAGAUGGCCAUAACUCUCUCUAUAUGAGUAUCAGUCAAAAGGGCUUGAUUAGAAGAAUAAUGUACACGGCAUUGUAAGGCGGGGGUUUUUUAAAAUUUUUAAUUCAUACAACGUAAAAAUGAAAGCCGAAAUAAUACUUCAGAGGCUUUUAUUUACUGUUUGAGACGUAUCUGCGAAACAGAAACGCUAAUCGUUUUUGAGUAAACCAUUGCCAUAGUUUUUUUCUGAAAGUAAUCAUAUACAGCCCUAAGAUCACAUGCAAAAGUAAAAUAAAGAAACUCCUGUCAC